UUUCCAGAAUAUAUCGCGCGGUUUAGUCUGGGAAACAAUACACGUUUUAUUACGUCGAGGGAUUUAUUAAGCAGAAUAUAACAUUUGUAUUUAUCUUCUGAGUUAUCUAAUGUCUGAGAUAGAAACUCAUUGUUGAUAGGUGUCAUUUUCUGUGAUAUUCAAAGUAAGAAAAUAUAUAAGAUGUGUAAUUUUUCAUAAGUAAUUGCAUGUAAAUAUUUAAGACAGUACUGCUAUUUUUUCAAACUCUCAUAAAGUUAUUUUAGAAAAAGAAAAUGUAAGAAGAUAGUGAAUAAGAAUUCAGUUUACGGAUUGUAUGAUUGUAUCAUAUACGAAGAUAUAUAUUAUACUAAAGUCACAUUUAAACUAAAACAUAGUAACGAACGUAUGAAAUAUAUUGCUUUAUUUACUCGAUAUUUCCAAAGGAACAUAAUACCGACCGCCGUGUCUCACCUCGAAACCGGAAGUGCUGAGUGCUUGAACCGGAAACGGUGACAAAUUUAUUUUAAAAUACUCUCAUUUUCAAUACACGUGUACGCUGAUGGACGCUUAAUUGAAAAAGCUAGUCAUAAGAAAUGGGAAUAAAUUCUUCACAACAAAUCUGAUGGAAAGCUUAUAAACUGAUUGGUUUAUUGAUUGGGUUGCGUAGCUAAGUGAUAGGUGAGGAUAUAAAGUAAUGCGAAGAGUCAUUUACAAAUGAUGAGGGGCAAGAUUGUGGCAAAUAUGCCUAGCUUUGAAUGAUAGCUUUUAAAUGAAAAUAAAACUGAGAUUGUUUAGACCUCAGAAAUGAUAGUUGUGUUCAUUUUGUACAGAUGAAAGAACAUAAUUUUGAGAAAUGUCUUAUUGCUGGACUUAACAUAUUAACCAUCACAAAGUCUAGAUGUACUUUGAAAUUAUAAACUAAUCAUAGGGUAUUAUUAAGUGGAGCAAAUGUAGGUAGUGACAUGUGAAAGACACAUACAGGUUGGGAUCUAACAGCCAUUAAACGUAAAUAUGUAAAUUAAAGAAAGCUUAGAAAUUAGAGACAGACAUAAUAUCAAAUGCAUAUAAUAUAAAUAUACAUGUGUUUGUUUACGCAAAGAAGCAUGGAGUUUUACCGAAAAUUCAUAUAUAUUUGUAUAACUGGAUUUUAUCUUUUGAACAAUGCGUAUACAAAAGAUGACAAUAAAUUAAAGUUAAAUGGGGAUAUCAUUUUUGGAGGAUUAUUUCCUAUGCAUGAAAAGGGUAAGAAUGGUGAGAACUGCGGUGAUAUAAAACGUGAAAAGGGAAUACAGAGACUUGAAGCUAUGUUGUUUGCCGUUGAUCGUAUUAACAAAGACCCAACUAUUCUUCCCGGUUUAAAAAUAGGGGUACAUAUUCUGGACACGUGUAGUUUUGAUACGUAUGCACUUGAGCAGUGUAUGGAUUUUAUAAAAGCCCAGAUGACAACUAUAGAUCUGGCGGAUUAUAAAUGUAAAGACGGUAUGGCACCGAAAUAUGUGCGACUCAAACCUGUGACUGGAGUCAUUGGUGCUGCUGCUAGCACUGUGUCAAUUAUGGUGGCUAAUAUACUUCGUCUGUUUAAGAUUCCACAAAUAAGUUAUGCUUCUACAAGUAUAGAUCUAAGUGACAAGUCAAGAUUCGAGUAUUUUUCCAGAGUGGUUCCUCCAGAUUCGUUUCAAGCUAGUGCUAUGGUUGAAAUUGCUGCUAAAUUUGGCUGGAAUUACGUUAGUACACUUGCUGAUGAUGGAAAUUACGGUGAAAAGGGAGUUAGCGCUUUUGAAGAAAAAGCGAAGAAAUACGGAAUUUGUGUCGCACAAUCACUAAAAAUAUCCAGACUUGCAACUAAUACAGAGUUUGACAAGAUUGUCACUGACCUGCUGUCAAUUCACAAAGCCCGGGCUGUAGUUAUGUUUGUCAAUGAAGACAAUUGUCGCAAUUUAUUGGCCUCACUGAAAAGACUGAACAAAACGACAGAAUUGACGUUCCUAGCAAGCGACAGCUGGGGAGCUAAGAUACAUCCAGUCUAUGGACAAGAAAUCUUAGCAGAAGGAACAGUUAGCUUGCUGCCGAAACGGAGAGUUAUCAAAGAGUUUGACGACUAUUUUCUGAAGCUUAAUCUUACGCAUGUGCAGAAAGAUCCGUGGUUCAUGGAGUACUGGGAAUCCAUAUUUGACUGCAGCAUGAAAGGGCAUGCCAACAGAACCAGGUGUACUCGCCAUGAAGACAUUGCCGCUUUCAACAGGGAACACUACGAGCAAGAGGGUCUUGUACAAUUUGUUAUAGACUCUGUGUAUGCAUUAGCACACGCUGUACACACUCUCCUAGAAAAACGGUGUCCCGACAGACUAUCGACGUGUCUACACAGGGGUUAUCUGAGCGGUGAAGAUGUCCUCCGUUAUAUCAGAAAUGUCUCCUUUACAGGUAUUGGGGGUGAUAUUGUUCAGUUUGACAAGAAAGGAGAUGGUCUUGGCAACUAUGAUAUCUUCCAGUAUCAACAGAUGUAUGACGGAACCUACGAUUAUGUUGCUAUUGGAGAAUGGACAGACAGGCUAAUAAUAUUCAAUGAUACAAUGAAAUUUCGAAAGGGUUCUGAUAGGCCUCCAAGAUCUGUCUGUAGUGAAGAAUGUCCAUUUGGAUACAUCAAGAAUAAUACUGUAGAAAGCGACACAUGUUGUUGGGUCUGUAUUCGUUGCAGAGAACAUCAGAUGUUAAAGAAUGAAUUUACUUGCCAGGAUUGCCCGGAUGGAUACACACCAAAUAUUAAUUUAACCUCAUGUAUUCCACUUCCUGUUAUGCAUCUGACGUGGGACUCACUUUGGGUUUUACUUCCGGUGUCAGUUUCAACGCUUGGAAUAUUUGCUUCCGGAUACGUGUUAUACGUUUUCAUCAAAUAUAAUAAUACACCUCUUAUAAUGGCGUCAGGAAGGGAGCUAUGCUAUGUCCUACUCUGUGGUAUACUGUUAUCUUACGGAACAACUUUUAUUCUCCUUGCAAAGCCAACGAUCAUAAUUUGCACAAUAAAGAGGUUUAUUCUCGGUAUAUCUUUAUGCUUGAUAUACGCAUCCGUUCUAAUCAAGACCAAUCGUAUUUAUCGCAUUUUCAAUAGAGGAGUAAAGGCAAUGGUUAAGAGACCAAGUUACACUAGUCCGAAAUCUCAAAUCUUUAUUUGUCUUUGUUUAGUAUCUGUACAAAUCGUUGGAGGUCUUACGUGGAUUGGAUUUGAGAAACCACAGACUAUGUACGAGAAACAUUAUACAGACUUUCUCAUUUUGACUUGUAAAGCUAGUCAAAUAGCUAUACUCCUUUCACUAGUCUACAAUAUGUUGCUCAUAAUUUUGUGUACAGUAUUUGGAUUUAUGACGAGGAAAAUUCCACAGAACUUCAACGAGGCAAAAUAUAUUGCCUUUACCAUGUACAGUACUUGUAUCGUUUGGCUGGCAUUCAUUCCUAUCUAUUUUGGUGCAAAUCAUGACUUCAAGAUCGAGAUCACAUCUCUUUGCAUGUGUGUAAGCAUAAGUGCGACUGUUGCUCUAGUGUGCUUAUUCGGACCUAAAGUGUAUAUUGUUAUAUUUCAACCACAUAAAAACGUACGGCAAGGGGCCGUCCCUUCUUUACAAUCAGCUAGUAGAAGCUUUCCAAAACCUUUCAUUCCAAACGUUAACAAUCAAACAGCAAUAUGUUCAAAACCAACAUAUGCGUCAUACGAAAGCAACAAUGGACAUGUAAGAGGUGUUACAAAAGUUGUAAAUUGUGUUCAUACUACUACAAGUACGAUCGAACAAAUGAAUGACGUAUUUUCAGACAGUUUAGAAGAGGAUGAAGACGAAUUCUGUGAUGAAAGUUCUUUUAUUCCUAAACCAACUGAGGAUAAGGCAACGUCUACAUCUGAACAAUGAGUAAAUUUUAAUAACAUCGCUUUCAUCUCUCCUUGGCUCUUGUAAACUUUUUCUUGAGUUAUGUUUGAUAAUGUGAAAAUAUAUUGUCUAUUUGUUCUGCAUCCCUUUGUAUGGCCCAUCUUCCUUUUUAACCAGGUUUUCAUAGAAAACCGGUUAUUAGAUUGGGAUAUGUCAUUGGACCGGCGGGCGGGCGUCAAACGUGGUUUGAGCACAAUAACUUCAGUUUGGAACAAGCUAUAGACACCAAACAUGGCCUGUAGAUAGAUGAUAAGGCGACAAAUGUUGGGUAUUGCAUUUGGGUUUAUUUGGGUUAAAGUCAAGGUCACUGUUGCUAAAAAAUAGAAAAAAAAGGUUUCCGCUCAGUAACUUUAGUUUGCAUUGAUGUACUGAAAUUAAAUUUGGCCUAUAGGUAGCUUAUAGACAAUCCAAAGUUGGGAUUUUAUAUUGGGUCAUUUGAGUCAAGUUCAAGGUCAGGAAAACUUAUUAAAUCUUCACACUUAGAAAAGUCCAUGGUGGGGCAGUGGUCUAGAGCGUUGGGCCGAAAGCUACCUUUUAGUAAGUGGGACGGAAGGGCGUCGGUUCAAAUCCUACUGAGAUCUAAAAAAUUUUGUUUUCUUUUUUUCUUUUUUUGUGAUAAAACAAAAGUCAUUUUAAAGCCAUUUGGUCAAGGUCAAGGUCACAGUAACUAAACUCUCUAGAUUUUUUUCUCAAUGUGAUCAUCAAAAUGUCGUAUUUUUCUAUUACUGAAAUACUGUUGAAAACCCAAAACAAACAAAAAAAGGUGGUUUCCGCUUUAUAAUUUUAGUUUGGACAUACUUACUGCCACCGAAAUUUGUAUACAGCAAGCUUAUCUGAAAAAUUAGCUUUGAAUAAUAUUUGAAGUCACCGUUACUAAAAAUAGAAAAAUGGCUCCGACCCAAUGUCUUUAGUUUGGAUAUACUUAUUGCCAGUAUAUUUGGUGUGUUGAUAGCUUUUAUCAAACACUAAAGAUUGAGAAUAUAUUUGAGGUCACUUGGAUCAAGGUCAAGGUAACUAAAACUAGAAAAAUGAGGUUAUAUUUGAAAUAAAAAUAAAAAUUUUGUGCGUGGUGUGGAAUAGAAGGGUGUCGGUUCAAAUCUCACUGAGAUCCAUUCUUUUUUCUUUUUUCGUUUUAUUUUUACAAAAAGGUCAUUUUAAUGCCAUUGGGUAACUAAAAAUAGAAAACUAUCGUUAUAGUUAUAAUAAAAAGUAGAUUUUUUUCAGUUUGAUCAUCAAUAAGCUGGUUUCGAGUUUAUAACUUUAUAAAUAAGAACUGGCUUUGGAUUGUAUUUUUAGUCAAUGUUACUAAAAAUAGAAAACUGGUUUAUGCUCAAUAUCUUUAGUUUGGGUGCACCUAUUGUCAGCAAACAUUUUGUUUAGGUAGCUUGUAUCAAAGAAUCAUGUUAUAUAGGAAUAUGACACAUGUACUUUUCUUAUACCUGUACAUAUGAAUGACAUGAUUGGAUGCAGUCAGAUAUGUAUAAUAGAAUAUGACCAUUUUUAAAGAACCUGUUGGCGUCAUGCAAAGUUUGAAUACCUCGUUUUCGUGGAAAUUCCACGUUUCAUGUUUCUCUGUUAAAAGACAAAAGUCGUCACAAGGAUUUGUUAUUAGUUACUGUGUUUUCGAAGUGCCAUAUGUUUUAAUGCAUUACUGUUUUUUCCACAUAAUGUUUACGCAUCCCUCAAACUAAAAACAGGUGUUUAUUUAUAAAAAUGUUCAUGUAAGGUAUUAAGAGUGUGUCUUAUUUUCUGGAGAAAAUGUAUCGCAACUGCAACUAAGUUGAUGGUAGGUCGCUUUGUGAUCUAUGGUCUAAUAUGAUGUACUUUCAGUUGAAGAAUAAUAAAAUUUACAAUUUUUUUUUAUUUAAAGUAAUCACUUUUACUUACUGUCUUUCAAAAGUAAAAGAAUUUUGUGCAUCUUAUCUGCAAAAUUCCAAAUAUACGCUAUAAUGUGUAAUAAUGACUUUCUUUUGACGUUCUUAAGAUAAAUUUUUAAUUAAUUUGGAGUACAUUUUGUUUGUAUAACUUAUGCAUAAUAAUGAUAUUAUUGAAACUACAGAUCUCAUCGUCACUUAACAAAACCAGAUGCGAUUUGAAUGAGUCAUGUUUUGUAAAGCUUACCAGGUAUUUUGUUACACGUUAAAACGUUCUUAAGCAUGUUGUAUUUUUGCAUUUUGUUAAUAAAGUUUUACUAGGAGUGCGAACUUAUAUUGCAAAGAGUUCUAUAAAGACGUUUUUGAUUAUCGACUUAAAUAUCAUACUUGAAAAUGAUUUAGCAAAUAUUUCACUUUAUACAGGCUUAUGUACAUACAAUACAAUUUUUGAUUAUUGUACUUGUAAUAUUCUUGAAGGUAUACAUAAAUGCCGAAUUUUAACACUUGUUAAUGUCUUGAUGCAGAACAAACACAUUUGAACUUUAUUUCCCUCAUUUAGAAUUUUUGCCAUUGUUAUUUAUUACUCUGCGAAUAAGCAGUAUAUUAAGGAAGAAACUAUGCUAGCUUAUUAAUACUUUUAAUUAUACAUAUUUUAUUGACCAAUGCUUAUGCAUGGUAACAAGAUUACUCAUAGAAGCAUAGUCCUUUAUAUGGGACCUCUGUGACAAUAAUUUCAAAAUAUGUAACAUUGUGACUUUCAUUUUAUAAAACAUCUUAUAGGAUUGUAAUUUAUUUUCACAACGGGUGCGGAGGAUUAACAUUCGAAAAUGGCCAAAAAUAUCCUAAUAUUUAAAAACUUGAUAAAUAUUUACUUGCUUUUAUUACGUUGGUGUCUUAUCUAGUUUUUCAAGGAAAAUCAUGGUAAAUCCACAUAAAUCGUUUCCUAAAUGCCCAAGUUAUAGGUAUUUAUGUACAGGAAUCCCAUAAGUAGGACUUUCAACCCUAAAUUUGUUUAAAAGAAGCUAUUUUUGCUUAUAAAGAAUUGUAUAGUAUUACCGAGACAUAUUUUGUGCCGUAUGACACUCUUUAAACGAAGUCCAAUUACUCAGGAUGGCAAAGACGUGCGUCAUGUGACAAAAAAAAUAAUCUUAUUAGGUUAGAAAUCAAUGUCAUAAAACAAGUUAUUCAAAAUAUUGUCAUUAGCUAUUGAAAUGUCACAUUUCAAAUAACAUUCACAGUACUUUGAUAUAUGUUUAAUUACAUUUUUCUCUUUUUCUGUUUUUUUUUUUCAGGUAAGACAAAGAGGUACAUAAUUGUCCUCAUUCGUAUUUUACUAGCAAAAUUAAACAAUUAUUAAAGCAUGUGUCUUAUCCCAAGUCGAGUGACAUCAACGUACAUGAAAUGGCUACAGGUAAUAUCAUAAGUCUUUAAUAACACCUUCAGUCAACCAGGAACAAGCUUAUAGUUAUCCUGAACACAAUCUGGGGUUUUUCACAUUUUUCUAUUUUGUUUCUUUCUCUUCAAACAGAAUGCUUAGAAAACAUAUGUGCAAAUGAACUUCCAAAUAUUAAACUAUCACAACUCAAUAAGGUCGCUAUUCUAAAAGGUCAACAUCUUAAAUAUUUUGAAAUGCACAAUUUUCUAAGUAUGAAAUACAGUGACUCGAUACAUCAGUGAUCUAUAGUUUUUAUAAGCUUACUAAGAUGUCCGAAAUUUACAUUCUUUAUUUUCAUACAAUUUACAUAGCUACAGUUUUCAAUAUUCUAUUUCUGUCCGAAUUAAUUCUAUAAAGCGCAUAUUUCUUAAGCAGAUCUCUUGAUGUAUAGUUAAACAUAUGUUAAAAUAUUUCACUAGAGAAGCCGUGCUCAUAUUAAAUGCUUCAAUAAAUUGUAGAUACAUUAUAGUUGUUUUUUUUUUCCAAAUAAAACCAAAGUGUCGA